AUGCACGGCUUCUUCGUCAUCUGCGGCCUGCUGGCCUCCACUGUUCACGGCCACAUGCAAAUGAGCAACCCGUAUCCCAUCCGCAGCCCUCUCAACCCCAACGGAGGAGACAACAAGGACUACUCGUACACGAACCCUCUGUCACCUUCCGGGUCCGACUAUCCUUGCAAGGGCUACGCCAACGACCCUUUCGUGUCAGUGGCCACUUACACCGCUGGCCAGACCUGUGAUCUGGAGCUGGCUGGCAGCGCCACCCAUGGUGGUGGGUCAUGCCAGAUCUCUCUCUCGUACGACAAGGGGAAGAGUUUCACGGUCAUUGAGUCCAUCGAGGGAGGCUGUCCGAUUGCGAAGAACUACACCUUCACUAUUCCAUCAGAUGCCCCUACCGGUGAGGCCCUGCUGGCAUGGACCUGGUUCAACAAGAUCGGCAACCGGGAGAUGUACAUGAACUGCGCCCAGGUGACUGUGAAUGGACCCUCUAAGAAGCGGAAUCAUGCCCGUGAUUUCCUUCGUAGUGAGGUAGCAUUCAGCAGCAGGCCUCCAAUCUUUCUUGCCAACAUCAACGCUCAAGGUCAAUGCACCACGACGGCCAACGAGGAGGUCAGCUUCCCGCUCCCGGGACCGGAUGUUGUGGGUUCUGUCAAUACCACCGGCUUCACGUGCAAGGAAUCUGCUCCCUUCCUUGGUACUAGUUUUCCGUCUUCUACUUCGUCUGCCUCGUCUGCUACCCAGUCCUCUACCAGCGCAGCCCCAGCAUCUACCUCAUCUGCUGACCUAUCCGCCGCCAUAUCUUCUGCCCUGUCCGCGCUAUCUUCUGCUCUGUCCUCGGCCAGUCCAGGUCCAACUUCUACCUCAACUGCCCCAUCUGUCACCUCGUCCGCUGCCCCGUCUUCUACCUCGUCUUCUGCCGCGUCCUCUACCAGCGCGACUCCCGUUUCUACCGCAUCUGCCAAUCUGUCUGCCGAACUGUCCUCUGAACUGUCUUCUGAACUGUCCUCUGCGCUUUCUUCCGCACUGUCCUCUGCCUUGUCUUCUUUCCUACCCUUCACCACUGAAGCUCCGGCUUCGCCUGUCCGGAGCUCCGCAUCUCCAUCGCACGGUGCCGCGUCGUCUUCGGCUGCAGCACACCCGUCGUCCUCUCAUAAAAUCCCAUCCGCUUCGGCGGCCCCCAGGAUUUUUCCCAUAGGACCCUGCAGGGACGGUGAGAUUGGAUGCUCGCCCGAUGGGAACUCCUUUGCGAUCUGCAAUCACCGUGCCUGGACCAAUAUGGGCCGCGUCGCAGCUGGCACAAUUUGCAAGGACGGAUCCAUCCAGAGGAACAUGUGA